AUGGCCGAAUCAGUUGCUGUCGGCGAAGAUGCAUGGCUUGCCCUCGUUGAUGAAGCCAGCAGAACUGCCGGCGAUCUUGAGCAGAGAAUAGGAGUUGUGGAGCAAUACAAGCGUGCGAUUGCGGCCGAACCUUGGUCGAAUAAGUUGUGGUUGGCUUACUGCGAAUGGUUCUGGUCUCUGUACACAGAUUGUCAGAAUGGCGAUGCAGGAUGGCCAGAAGAAGAGCAACAAGUCGGGCAAGAACUGUUCUCUCUAGGGGUAGCUCUGGAUGUUUGGCAUGAAGGCGCGCAAGCAACGCAAUACCGAUUGAACGACAGCCACGAGCUAUGGAACAGAUGGAUGUCGAUCGAGUUGGAACAGAUUUCGAAAGCUCCGAACCGCGAGAAGAUCGACCGCGCCCGGAACCUAUUCUUUGAUCGACUUCGGAUUCCACAUGCCACUUGGGAUGAGACCUCGCAGAUGCUCUCGACAUUUGUCACGAAAUUCGACGAGCCUGCCUGGGAGGCAACCAUGAUUGAGUCAACAAAGGCUGGACGGGUUGCAAAAGAAUUGUACAGCAAUCGCGAGCCGCACGAACUGAAGCUGCAGCGAGCUAUUGACACCGGACAUACAGAGAUCAUCAAGGCUGAAAUGAAUGCCUAUCUGACCUGGGAAUCUAAUCAAGCACUGUACAAACCUAAGAAGGGGGCCGCUGCUAGUCCACUGAUACUUUGCGCAGCAUUGUAUGAGCGAGCUCUCUCUUCAACCCCCCUAGGCUUGGAGCCCUCAAUUUGGGAAGACUAUAUCGUUUUUCUUACCAACCAUAAGGACGAGCCGGCUGACAAUCAACUCCCCGCUGUGCUCCCUGUUAUUCAGAGAGCCACAAAUCACUGCCCAUGGUCUGGUAAACUUUGGGCAAGGUACAUAUUAUCUGCGGAAGCUGAAUCUCUGCCAUUCUCUACAAUGGAACAAAUCAAGCAUGCCGCUACAAACACCAGAGAAUUGGAUCGUGAUGGUAUGGCCAGUGUCAUCGAAUUCUACAUUGCGUGGAGUGGAUAUUUGAAAAGACUUACCAUGAUUGCUGGGGCAACGGAUGAUGAUAUUGAUGUAGCAGAAAUGGGUCUACCAACUGCGCUGGAAGACGUUCGAGAAUGGGGUAAGAGACGACAUGGCAAGGAAUGGAAAGGAGACCCCCUGUUCCGUAUCGAACGUAUUUUCAUCCAGCAUCUGACCCAAAAAGGGGCCAUCGUUGAAGCUCGGGAAUGUUGGAAGCGGUUGGUUCAGACCCAUGCAGAUAGUUACGAGUUCUGGCAACAGUACUAUCUAUGGGAAAUGACUGUUAGAAAUCCUGUUGGACCACCGACACAUGCUACUGGGGUCUUGAUUCAAGCUGUCGGUCGGAAGACAUUGGACUGGCCGGAGAAGCUUAUGGAGAUUUACCUUCGGCAUUGCAACAACUAUGAAGAAGUUGGCGCUUUGCUCAAGGCUAUGAGCACCGUACAUCGAGUUACGAAAUUAGUUGCUACUAGGCGCGAGAGAGAAGCUGCCGAAGUUGCGGCGGCAUACGCUCAGCAGCAGCCAGCAGUACCGUCAGAGUUACCUGCUGAGGAUGAGUCCCCGUCAGGUGCUUCCAAGAGAAAACGCGAGUCUGCGUCGGAAGACCCUGAAGGUGGUGCCCAAAAAAAGCUGAAGGGUGUCGAUCGAGAGGCUGUUCGAGCACAGCAUGCAAAGCGUGAUCGAGAAAACACGACUAUCCUUGUCGCAAACCUACCUACUGAAGUUACCCAGACGAAAGUCAGGCAAUACUUCAAGGAGUAUGGGCACUUAAAUAACGUAACUCUGAAGACCGAGGCCGACAAGCAAUCUACCACGGCAUUGAUCGAGUUUCGAACGCCUGAGGAGGCGCAAUCCGCUCUGCUACGCGAUUCAAAGUAUUUCGGCGAGAAGCAACUCCAAGUUACUCCAGGUACGGGGCUGACAUUGUAUGUGACAAAUUACCCACCGAUUGCUGAUGACGCUUUUCUUCGACAUCUGUUCAAAGAUUGUGGUGAGAUAUUCAGUAUUCGCUGGCCAAGUCUUAAGCAUAAUACGCAUAGACGAUUCUGCUAUAUAUCGUUUCGGACUGCAGAAGGAGCGGCCGCCGCUACGAAACUCGAUGGUCAGUUGCUUGGAGGCAAAUACAAGCUAAGCGCGAAAUACUCCGACCCGGCCAACAAGAAGGACCGUGAAGGUGCUAUGGCAGAGGGACGUGAGAUUCACAUCACUGGUCUCGACCCAAGUAUAUCUGAAGAAGAAUUGGCGGAAGUGUUCUCGAAGUAUGGCAAAGUGGAGAAAGCUCGGAUCUUGACAACAAUGACUGGAGAUAGCAAGGGUGCGGCGUUUGUGGCCUUUGAAAAGAAGGAAGAAGCCAAUGCGGCUCUCGAACUUGAUAAGACGAAACUUAAGUCAAGAGUUCUCACGGUAGAAAUUUCUACAGGCAAGAACUUCAAGCCAACAGCGACGAUUAUCAAGGGAUCAUCUGCAUCUCCUGCCCCAGAUGGAGGGUCAGCUAUGUCGCCGUCCCCAGCCCCUGACACCCACAACAAUACUCAUGCUCAACAUGCACCUGGCCGAUCUGAACACUCCAAUCGUACGAUAACUCUGAUGAACAUACCGGACACAGUUAAUGUGGCUAGAGUCAACGCCAUCGUUGAACCUUAUGGCGAGCUUGUCAAGGUUGUCUUACGACCUGAUCAUCAAGGUGCCAUUAUCGAGUACAUCGAUGCUGCAUCCGCAGGCAAAGCUGCGUUGGCUCUAGAGAACCAUGAAAUUGCUCCAGGACGAAAAUUGCGAACUGGGGGAUUGAAAGAUCUCUUCGCAGAGAAGGAUGAAAUUAGGACUGAUCGGAUUCAGGUUGGGCAGGGAAAGAAGCCGGCAGCUGGAUUGAUGCAGCAGCCCAGUGCUCCAGUUAGAAGACCUGGUGCUGGUGGUCGUGGAGGAUUAGGACAGAAGAGAGGUCUGGGUUAUUCCGCCCCGAAGCCUGCGAAUUCUGCAGGUGCUGCUGAGAUUAAUGGCCAUGGACCAGGCGGUCCGGAGGAGAACAAGAAGCCAAAGAGCAAUGCGGAUUUCAAGGCAAUGUUUGUCAGUGGAGGAACACAAUAA